AUUGCGGUGAAGAGAGCCGAAAUUGCGGUGAAGAGCGGUUGAAAUUUCUUAUUUUUUUGCCUGUUUUAAAGACACGGCUUCUGCGCGUGCGCCAGCCUGGGGACUCCACGUGAAGUUGAUAAUCCCCCGGAUUGUUCAGUCUAAAAACCAUGACCAGCCGACAAUUUAAGAAAGAAAUUCUCAAUCUUUCAAGAGCACUGAGUCAUGUCGUCGAGUAGAAAAGAAUAUUAUGCUAGUAGAGACGCCUCUAAAGUGUAUUUGUUGGGUUCUUUCCCUCGAUGGAGAGCGUUUAAGGAGCAGCAUAAAUUGAGAACAGACAAGGAUGUGGCGGAUAUGCUUCUUGACAGCUAUCUUGCGAUGAAUCGUAUAGUUUGCAAUGCAGAGACGCAAACCGAAACGGUAAUGGAAUCAAGGGAUAUGCCGCCAAGUACACCUUCCAAAUAUUUUUCUUCUCCCAUUAAAACCUCAACGCCAAGCGCGCGCUCAAAUCCGCGUCCAUUGUCUGCUUUGUCGGAUGUUAGAACAUCAUAUUCUAUCAGGUCGGGUCAGAGUGUGAUUUCUGACAGUCGAACAUUGACAGCCAAAGAUGAUAGUUCUGAUGAUGAAAGUGAUGAUGAUAAUGACAAUUUUGGUGAACACACUAUCCAGGCAGACCAGGUUUUGUCGGACGAUUCUCUUGAUGUAUGUCCCCCGGGUUUUGACGUGCCAUUACUGGAUGACUUGCUCAAUGUGACAAUCCGUGGACAUGAUGGAGAUGAGCCCACAGAAGAUGUUGGAACCCAACAACAACAACAGCAGCAACAUAAGACGACUCAACCAGAUAUAUCUCUACUGUGGAAGAAGUCAGUCCUGAAGAUGCAAUCAAGAAAGAAAAGUGUAUUGUGUUUACAGACACUCUUAUAGCUUUGAUAACAUCAUUACAUGGGAGUGUUUGUAAACGACAAGGAUGUGGCCGUGUGUUGAGCUAUAAGAAAACAUAUGUUGGAACAUGCCUGGUCGUAUCCUGGGGGUGUAGGUCUGGUCAUGUUGGAGGCAGAUGGGCAGCUCAACCCUCUUGCAACAAGAUUAAAGCAGGCAACCUCGUGC